CUCGCUUCCAACUUGACGGAGUUCCCUAUUAAACACACACACACACACAUACACACACACAGAGUGAGUGAGGGCAAAGAGGCGAGAAACUGCAACACUUGCAACAGCCAUCGAUUGCUUGGCGGUCAUUUCUGUCUUCUGUGUGUUUUCUUGCUUGGCAAACCCAGUCUCAAGUUGCAAUCCUUGUCCUUUCACACACACAGAGAAAAAAUCUUGAAAGGCGCAGAAGCUGCCAAUCGCAGGGUUCAGGUAGUUUUAUUUUAAACUCUAGGGACUGACUGGGAGCGAUCUACAGGGGUCCUUUACCGAGUAUUGGAGCCACAGCAGGGCAACAUUUUCACCGGAGACACGGAGAGAGUUCUACAGCCGCUUUACAAAUCAACAGGGGCGAAGUCAGCUUGACCUUUUACACUGUAAAUAUAAAACCAAGUCAGUACCGAGCGUGCCGGAGCACCUCGAGGGUUCUGCAGGCAAUGACUCUACCAUCCUCUUACUAAAGUUCAAAGUUUGAUCUCCGGUGCGGAAGUGUUGGCACCUACAGACGGGGGCUAAUCGCAUGGAGGGUUCACCCGAGAAUUUAAAAGACGUGUGAUCGGCUUUUCACUCUCUCUCUCUCUCUCGCUCUGAGCAGUUUGAAAAUGGAAAGUACGUGCCUGGAGCAGCUCCCGACAGUUCCAGUUCACCGGUCAGUGAUUACAGCCUGGAAAACGCGAGGGUUAUAAAGAGUGGAUUUUCGUUUUACUUUUGCCUCUGGAGGGGACGAUAAUGGAAUUUCUUCGAGUCCUGUUCUUGCUGUGGGGAGUGACGGCGUUUUCAGCCGGCGCUAGGGGUCCGCCACAGAUUUCUUCACGAGUGAUCAACCGACAGACUGUGAGGUUGGGUCGAACAAUCAAGUUGCCGUGCCCAGUCGAGGGUGACCCCCCACCAUUGACCAUGUGGACGAAAGAUGGCCGCACCAUUCACAGUGGCUGGACACGAUUCCGGGUUCUGAGCCAGGGUCUGAAAAUCAAAGAAGUGGAAGCUGAAGAUGCUGGGACCUACAUCUGCAAGGCCACUAAUGGUUUUGGCAGCAUUAACCUCAACUACACCCUCAUUGUGAUUAAUGAUUCAAGCACAGGAAGGAAUGGACAAAAGCUGCCUCAAGGAUCAAAUGGGGAAUAUGCAAAUGAAGAUCCCACAGGAAAACAAUGGGUGAGACCCAGGUUUACACAACCCACCAAAAUGCGUCGCAGAGUGAUUGCCCGUCCUGUGGGCAGCUCGGUCCGGUUGAAGUGUGCUGCAAGUGGAUACCCCCAGCCCGAUAUCACCUGGCUGAAGGACAACAAGCCUCUCAUCCUUCAGGACAUGGGCGAUGCCAAGAAGAAGAAGUGGACUUUGACCCUGAAGAGCUUGCGGCCUGGAGACAGUGGGAAGUACACGUGCCGUGUCUUCAGCAGAGCGGGCGAAAUCAAUGCAACGUACAAGGUCGAAGUAAUCCACCCAAAGCCCCCAAAAGCCCCCGUGACGAAUUCGUCGAACACUGGCCUCCCGUGGCCCGUGAUCAUUGGAAUCCCCGCUGGUGCCAUCUUCAUCUUUGGUACCAUCCUCCUCUGGCUUUGCCAGGCAAAGAAGAAGCCGUGCACCAGCCCAGCGGCGACUGUUCUUCACCGGCAGCAGCAACAGCAGAGGGACCGGGGCUGUGUACCGGAUAAGGAAUGUAUUACCCCCAUCAACUACGAGGAGUACCUGGCCCAGCAGCAGCACCUCCUAGCGCCAGGACCCCCACCACCGGCCCCGAAAAUGUACCCAAAGAUCUACACGGACAUCCACACCCACACGCACUCCCAUGUCGAAGGCAAGGUCCACCAGCACCAGCACAUCCACUACCAGUGUUAGCGAUGGCACCUGCUGCAUUUCACAAUCUCCCAACAAGGGGAAAGAUCAAGCAACUUCUCUUCGUCAGCCUCCCCCUACCUGUCCCCAAUCUCUCUCCCUCUCUCCCUCAGUCACUCACACAGACACGCACUCACAAACACCACACACACUCACGCAGACACGCACUCACAAACGCCACACACACUCA